AUGGGCGGGGAGAUCGUGAAGCUCACCAUCGACAUUACCAACCCGCCCACGUACAUCAUGGACGUGCUGCGCAACAUGGCGUCCGUGCCGACCUGGGCCCCCCUGGCCACGCCCAGGGUGCCGUCGCCGUUCAGCUUCCAGCCCGCGGCCUCGCCGUCGCAGGCGUCGCUGCUGACCGGAGGCACGGCGCCGGCGCAGGCGGACACCGAGCGGCCGCCGGCGGCCGCGCAGCGGCGCGUCCUGGGCGCGACGCUGAGCCUCCCCCAGGCGUGCGAGGACGACUACGAGUGCAACGACGGCAAAGCGAACUACCCGCUGCGCUGCUGCGAGUUUCCCUUCGUAGGCAACAUCUGCUGCGAGCCGGACGACUACGCGCCGACCGACAACCCCGCGUGGUCCUCGCUGCCCGUGCCAGUGGACGAUGGGCCCUGGGGCGGGAUGGGCGACAGGCGGCGGUGA